UUCCCAUAAUGUUAAACAUCAUAGUUAUCAUUCAUGUACUUUUUCACCUUCAUUUCAAUAUAUUUGGAUUCUAUUUACGGCGAAAUAUGCGAACGAAGUGGGAUGUAAAAAGUAAAUAGAGCUGAAAUCAUCCUACAGGAAUUACACAAUACACUUUGUGUUGGUAGAUAAAUGCGAAAAUAGAGGGUGUUACUAUUGUUGAAAAAUAUCUACUUAAUCAUUGAAGUAAAGAGGGCAGUGGACCCAAUCCUUUAUGAAAGCACUGAAACAUGUCACUGUUUUGGAAGAAGAAAGGUAGAAGCAUCAUGUGAACUAGUCUGGAAGACCAUUAAGCAUUUUAAGUCAAUUUACUUUUGCUAAAGAAAAUAUCAGCAGCGCACCAUAUACUUGGCUAAGCUACACUGCAACCUACCAUUUCUGUAUUACCUUUUUGUGUUUGUCUGAAUUCUGAGUUUUGAGUGCACACCACAAACCACUCCCUUACCCUUUCAUACUUUCUUGAUCUUGUGAACAUGGCUGCUGAACUUGUUGCAGGAGCUUUUCUCUCUUCUUUUCUCAAUGUUCUUUUCGACAGGCUGUCUGAUCCUGAUUUCAUCAACAUGAUGAGAGGAAAGAAGGUUGACCAGAAGCUGCUUCAAAGGCUGAAGACGAUUCUGAAUGUGGUUGAAGCUGUGCUGAGAAGAAACAGUUCACUGACCCUGCUGUCAAGAGGUGGCUCGAAGAUCUCCAAGAUGCUGUCUAUGAUGCUGAUGACUUGUUGGAUGAAGUCACUACCAAAGCUGCCACUCGGAAGGAUCCACCAGGUAACUUCCUGUCUCGCUUUCUCAAUUCGCAAGAUAGGGAGAUGGUUACUAGGAUUGAAGACAUCAUUGCUAGACUAGAAGAUAUCGCAAAACACAAAGAUAUCCUUCGUCUAGAAAAGAUUGCAGCCAAGAACAUGUCUGGGAGGAUUCCAUCAACCUCAUUGGUUAAAAAAUCUGAUAUAUUUGUUGGCAGGGACAAAGAGAGAGACACCAUAGUGAAAUUGUUGUUAGAUGAUGCUAACGACGGUGAGUUGUCUUUGAUUCCCAUCGUGGGCAUGGGUGGGAUAGGAAAAACUACUUUAGCUAAAUUGGUUUAUAAUGAUGACAAAGUGAAGCAAAAGUUUCAUUUCAUGGCAUGGGUUUGUGUUGCUGAGGAGGAAUUUGAUGUUCUUAAGGUGACAAAGGCUGUGACAGAGAAAAUUUGCAGUCCUUGUAGCUCAAAUGAUUUAGAUACAGUUCAAAAUCAUUUGAAGAAAGCACUAGCGGAGAAGAACUUCUUCGUUGUUCUGGAUGAUGUAUGGAGCAGUAAUCGUGAGCGUUGGGAAUGUUUUCUAACUCCUUUUGAAUGUGGAAGUGUGGGUGGCAAAAUUCUUAUAACAACACGUCUUGUUACAGUUGCAUCUGUGGUGAAAACUAAACAUAAUCAAGCUCAAUAUUUGAGUCUCUUGGAUGAAGAACAAUGCUGGUCAGUGUUUGCAAACCGUGCAUGGGAUCCUACUGAAUCCCGAGAUCGUUCAACUUUAGAAGAAAUUGGUAGAAAAAUUGUUGAAAAAUGUAAAGGACUACCUUUGGCAGCUCAAACACUUGGAGGGUUAUUGAGAGGGAAAGAUAAUGAAAAGGAGUGGAAUGAUGUUUUGAAUAGUGAAUUCUGGGAACUUUCCGAGGAGGAUAGUGGGAUUCUUCCUGCAUUGAGAAUCAGUUAUUACCACCUUCCAUCUUAUUUAAAACGCUGCUUUGUUUAUUGUUGUUUGUAUCCGAAGGACUUUGAAUUUGACAGAAAUGAAUUGACAUUAUUGUGGAUGGCAGAAGGUCUUUUGCUACAACACCAGAGUGGAAACACUUUAGAAGAAAUUGGUUAUGAAUAUUUUGAUGAUUUGGUUUCGAGAUCAUUUUUUCAACAUUCCAACUCUGAUGAUACUACAUUUGUGAUGCACGACCUCAUGCAUGAUUUAGCAACAUUUUAUGGUGGAAAGUUCUUUUCUAGUAUCCUUAAACUCAAGAAUAAAGCAAAGCGUGAUACCAAAACUCGCCACUUGUCAUGCGAGAAUGAUAAUGAUUCGGUUUUGAUGUUCAUGGAAGCAUGCAAUAGGUUAAAACAUGUGAGGACAUUGUUGCAUCUCAAUUUGCAUGAGGGUGGUGGACGAUAUAGAGGAGCCGUUCCUUGUGACUUACUAGAACAUUUGAUGUGCUUACGAGUUUUGUCAUCAAAUUUUGUUUUAGAUGAUGAAAACUUGUUGCAUGGUUCAAUUGGCAAAUUGAUCCAUUUGCGUUAUUUGGAUCUUUCAUACACAUCCAUCGUGACUUUGCCCGAGUCUUUAAGUUGCUUGUACAAUUUACAAACCUUGAAGUUGAGAAACUGUGGAAGACUUAAAAAGCUUCCUAGCAAGCUGCAAAAUCUUGUGAAUUUGCGUCAUCUUGAUGUUUCUUUAACUAAUUUGGAAGAGAUGCCAAAAAAGAUGAGCAAAUUAAAAGAGUUGCAAUUUUUAAGUGACUAUAUCGUGGGCAAGCAUGAAGAGAAUGGGAUUGGAGAAUUGGGAGAACUAGCACAUCUCCGUGAGUCAUUGUGUAUUAGGAAGUUAGAGAAUGUUAAGAAUAGUGGUGAAGCAUCGAAUGCAAGGAUGGAUGAAAAAAUACACCUGAAUGCUUUAUAUUUGAUAUGGUCACCAUGUGAAGAAAGUGAGGUUUGUGAUUCCCACACUGAAAAAGAUAUACUUGACAAAUUCCGUCCUCACAAAGACUUGAAGGAGCUAUCCAUCAGGCGUUACAGAGGUACCAUGUUUCCGGAUUGGGUAGGGCAGCCUUCGUACCACAAGAUUACUAAGUUGGAGCUGAGGAGAUGCAGGAAUUGUUGGAUGCUUCCUUCACUUGGACAGUUACCCGCUCUAACGAGAUUGGAGAUUUCACGUUGUAAUAUGGUGAUGAAGAUUGGUGGUGAAUUCUAUAAGGCUGAUGCAACUCAUCGUCAUCAGGAGAUACCCUUCCGAUCCCUUCAAUAUCUGAAAUUUUAUCGUAUGGGUUGCUGGGAGGAAUGGGAGUCAUAUGAAUAUGAUGAGGAUGAUGAUGCACCAUUUCCGAAACUUGAGACGCUUGUUAUAAAGUACUGUCCUAAGUUAAGAGGAGAUUUGCCCACUUUCCUUCCCUCGUUGAAAACACUUGAGAUUAGAGGAUGCAAGGAGCUUGGUUGUUAUCUGCCAAGAGCUCCCAUCCUACGCAAAUUAGAAAUAUAUGGCAAACAGGAAGCAAGAAUACGGGACCUAUCACUUUCACUGCAACUACUAAGAAUCGAUGGAAAUCAGCUUGUUGAGUCUCUGUUUGAGGCCAUGACCCACACCCAACCAAAUCUCUUGGUUCUGAAAACCAGCAGAAGUGAAAAUUUAACAUCUCUGGAGGUGUCAGAGUCACAGUCCCUCCGAGAGUUAUCAAUUGAAGGUUGCCCUAAGCUGGAGAACAUAACAAGGCUGCCUGCCUGUUUAAGGGAACUCUCCAUCAGAGAAUGUGGGUUGUUGGGUGAAGGCAUAAAGAGGAAGGACCCCCGCAUUUGGCCAUCCAUUUCCCACAUCCCCUUCAUUUAUGUUAACGGGACAACGGUUCGCUAUGACUUAACAUCUUAAAACAGGGACAUCUAUUGAUUCUUCUGGGACUUGUCAGUGUAUUGCAAUUUGGGUGCUGCACCUCCAAUCUUAUGAUCUUUCAAGUCUCAAGUUGUGUAGUACUAAUUAUUUUUUGGUUGAGUAACGAGUACAUGGACAAAGAGCUAAAUAGAUAGAUAAAAUUUGUUGUCUCGGGCCGGAACUUCAAGCUGGACCAUUCUUAGAGUGGUAUAAUCCUGCACUGCAUUAUUCUCGUGACUAUUUUCUUGUACAAUAUACUUUCUCAUGCACCUUUUUAUAACCAUUGUGAAUAAGGAUUUUGCUUUUGCUACGUUGAAGUAUGUACAAGUACAACCGUCAUGCGCAUGGUACAGGUUACUUUAAUGUGAUCAUAAACAACAAAAUCAUAUUCCAGAGAUGUGCUUGACAAGUUACAUCCUCACAAAGACUUGAAGGAGCUAAGAAUCAAGGGCUACUGAAGUACAAUGUUUCCAGAAAUAGACAACAGUUGUGAGUUGUGAUUCACUUACAUCCUUCAUGUUCCCAGCAUUUCCAAAUCUCAGACUUCUGACAAUCAAAAGAUGUGAAAAUCUGAGAUCUCUUGAGAUGGUGUCAGAGUUAUAGUUCCUCUGGCAAUUAUCAAUUAAGAGCUGUCUUAAGUUGGAGAACAUAAGGCUACCUGCCUCUUUAAGCGAUCUCAGAAUUGGUCAAUGUCCAUUGUUCGGUGAAUGUAGACGGAGGAAGGAUCGCCACAUUUGGCCUACUAUUUCCUGCAUCUCCACCAUUUAUGUUGAUAGGAGACAGAUUUCAUGAUGAUUCGAAAUCUUAAACAGCUUAAGACAAUGGAGAAAGGCAGGCAUUGUAGAAUCAUGGAAACACUUUUUUCAGCAUUGUACAUUGGAUACUGAUGGUGAAAUAGAUACGGUUUCAUAGUACAGGGCAACGUUGAACACAGCUUAUUGGUCCAGAGGAUGAAAGGGAUGAAUCUUGAGAAUUACAUCACAACUAAGGUGGCUUUGAAUGCUUUGAAUGAAUCAGUACCCUGUCGCAUCAUCGGGUUUACAGCAAGAAUUGAAUAAAUUCAAGCUCCUUUAUGGCAAUCCUCCUAUAUUCAUAUAUGAAAAUGGUCAAAGAACACCAAGCAAUGCAUCAUUACAAGAUGAGUGAAGGGUCAAAUACGUGCAUGGAUAUAUUGGUGCCACACUUGAUGCCUUGAGAAUUGGAUCAAAUAUAAGGGGGUAUUUUGCAUGGUCCUUUUUAGAUUUAUUUGAGUUAUUGGAUGGUUACAAAGUAAGCUAUGGCCUAUAUUACGUUGAUAGAAAUGAUCCAGAAUUGAAGAGAUAUCCAAAACUCUCUGCAAAAUGGUUUAAUUUGUUCUUGAGAGGUAGAAGAAGCACUUCUAUAAUUGGAGCUAUGAAGCAUGUAAAGGAUCCAUCUCAUAUUUCUCUUUGACACUUAUUUGAUGAGUAGGUUGUUUAAUUUUUUUAGCACUGGAGCUUAAUGUGGGAAUGUAUUGUAAAAGUAGAAACCUUUAGCAUAAUAAUUUUUCAUUUCUACAUUGUGUCACAAAUGUUUUCAAAUACUGAUUAA